UUCGCUGCGAGCGGAUCAGAAAGCAGCUGUUCGCGAUCAACUCAGUACCAUGCUCUUAGACCUCAGAAAACUGCCGUUACCAUCUAUACAGCUUGGUGGGGGUGUCCCUACUAGAUGCAAAGACGUCAGGAGAUCGGUUCGCUGCAGUUCGGGGCCAAUUCAUAAUGGAGAUGACUUCAACGACUUCCUGCUGUCCACAAUACGACCGAGGAUCGCUCAGACUUACCAGGAUUUCAUACGAACAAGGUGUUUACAUUCACAUCAUCGAAUUGUGAUGACCCAUGGUGACUUCCAUCCGAGGAAUAUUAUAGCUGCACUUCACGAUGGGCACGUCGAGAUAAAGGGUAUCGUCGACUGGGAGGCGGGGGGUGCUUACCCAGAAUACUGGGAGUAUGUCAAGUCCCUCAAUACGAUGUCUUCUGUUGACGAGGAUGACUGGUGCCAUUAAUUACCCGUUGAAGGAAUGGGAGAGUAUUGUAAAGAAUGGGCGGUGGACAUGGUACUUGAGAC